AUGGCUCAAAUUGAUGUAGCUGGCUUUAUUCACGACGACGACAGAUUGCGUAGUGAUCGAUUCGAGGACCGCGUUGACAAAAGAGAAAAUUUCGAUGCUCUCGUCGAAGCAAACUUGGAAGACUAUCAGGAUAAUAAUGACGAAUACCUAAUUAAUGAUGCAGCGGAAGAGAGCUUAUUUGAAGUCAAACCUCAGAACUAUCGCAACGAUCGUUCAUCGAAAGAUCUCGGCCCUAUAGAUAAAGAAAUUCCAAAAUAUCAUAGCGAGUUUUUGACGCAGAGCAAAUAUAAGAACUUGCACAAGAAAUGUUCGAAAAAGCAAAAGAUCAAGUCACAAAAGUCUACGACAUUUUUGAAGUCAACUACUCAGAUGACUACAGAUACGACUCAAUAUAAAUUAAAUAAGAGAUCUUACUUAGAAAGAAUAUGCCCGAUCUGUAGACGGAAAUUCAUCGGUAGAAGGUCGCAUGAACGAGACGAUGUAAUUCACAACAGCAGACAAUACUACGACAAAAAGGACAAUAUGAACUACGUUGACAAUUUUAUUAGACCGGUAUCAAAAGAUACAGACACAAAAAACUCAAAGGAAAUGAUACCGUCCCAUAGAAUCGAUUCGAACAUGAGAAAGUGA